GUUAUCUUGAACCUGGCUAAUUUAUUGUACGCGUUCGCGGCAAAUUUCAGUAAUGUAAAAAUACCGGCAAACCGUAAAGUGUAUCGUCAAAAUGUUUUGUGAAAAGGUUUUAGAACUGAUUCGCGAAUUAAAAAGGUCACUUGAUGGGACGUUGUUACCGUUUAAUGAAGAUGGUGUGAGGCAAGUUUUGGAAGAGAUGAAAGCUCUGUAUGAUCAGAAUCAAACUGAUGUGAGUGCAACAGUAGAGGGGGAGCGAGGUCUGUUCUCUGGGGUGCAGUUUCGUCACACCUGUCUGGAGAGGAACAAGAGGUGUCUCCUUGCCUACUUAUUUAAUCGACUUGCCAUUAUUCGUAAUAUGAGAUGGGAAUUUGGCAGCGUGCUUCCAGCCGACGUCAGACAGAACCUUUCAGAACAAGAGGUCCAAUGGUUUACUAAAUACAACAAGUCCUUAGCAUCAUACAUGAGGUCAUUAGGCAAUGAUGGAUUAGACUUGACGCAGGAUCGCAAACCACCAAAAAGCUUGUACAUUGAGGUUCGAUGUUUAGUUGAUCACGGAGAAUUUGAAACAGAAGAUGGAACCGUCAUCGUACUCAAGAAAAACAGCCAGCAUUUUCUUCAGAGAUCUCAAUGUGAGCAGCUGAUCAGACAAGGAGUUCUCGAACACAUCCUUUCUUGAGAAGCACAUCUUCUGAUCCGCUGGGAUAAACUUUCUUACGACAAGCUUUCUUAUAUAGCACUUUAUCACACCCUUAAGGAGCGUACCAAAGCACUCAGUAAUGGUUUACAAGGUGCUGUGGUGCAUUAUAUGCUACGGAUCAAACCAGGAACACCGGGGAAAAUCCCUUCUCUACGUGCGUUACACAAAACACAGGAUCAGCGGCUUCACGUAACAUCUGAAGGACGAAGCAAUGGUUAAGUGUCUUGUUUAAGGACACAGGUGUCAUGGCUCGGGAUUCGAACCCACACUCUGCUAGUCAAAAACACCAGAGUUUGAGACCGGUGCUCUAAACCACUCGGCCAAGACAUGCCUCAUGGGUCGACAAAUUGAGUUUAUAACAGCCCUCAGCAGGAAGAACCUGUUGCAUAGAGCAAGGUGUGUAGACUAUGUGGCAUAGCACAUUGACGAGUCACAAAGCCCUGGACUUCCGACACACAGCUCUCAAGAGACAAAGUUUUCGUUCUGAAAAGGGCACUUCUACCGGAACAUCUUAAAGUCUAAGGGAAACUUUUCAAACUUUACCAACCCCUCCUCUGCAACCUUCCAAAAUAAAGAGUCUGAAAACAUGUCUUUGUAAUAGUGCAUUUUAUUUGUCAAAGUAUCCACCAAUAACCUGGUGAUCUUAAUAAGAACUGUAUGUAUAAUAUUACCAUCCACUUCCAUUCUGUUUUGAUACUGUUUUACUGUAUACCUUUGUUCCUACAGCUUCUGUAUGGGGGAAAGACUAUGUACAAUAAUAAGCCCUUGUAUUUAUAGUAUUAAUAAUAACAAUAAUAAUAUUAAUACACUUAACAAUACAAGUUUUUCGCUGCAUAACAGCAAAUGAAAUUAAUAAAUACAAAAAAAAAAAAAUACCCAAAGUACACGUUACUGUUAAUAUUUUGGACCAAAAAGUCGCUAACUUUAAAAACAGAAGUAACUUAAAACACGUAAUACACUCCACAUUUCAUAUGAAGUUAGAAAAUUGUUAGUAAAACUGCCCGAUAUUGACAGGCAUUUUAAUUUUAAUCCUAAGACUUCAUUGCAACUUCCACAUGUAAUCCCUUCUUAGAUACCAGACUAACCAAAGUUGUCGGUAAGAAUUACACGAUGACCAUUCAUUCCAUUUAUUUUCUGUUUAUUCCAUUCCAUGAUACACUAGUCAUAAUAAAAUUUGAUCCAGUAUCAAAAACAAAUGCUGUUACUUUCCUUCUUGGAUGGCUAUUAUUUUGUUGUCUCCAAAAAGGCAAUGCUUGAUUGAUAACCCUAUAUUUUCCACAGCAAAGUAGUCCUCUAAUAAACUUU